ACGGAACACGAAAUAACGGCAAAUCCCGGUCAAGAGAGCGCUUCCGGAGCAGUUGUUCACUGAAAAUACACGUCAUCGGCUGUGAGCAAGUUUCAGUUUCAAGUUGCCAUCACUCCUUUUAUCUAUGGCAUAAUCAUUGGGUGUUUUUAUUUUUUUCUUAAGCGCAGUAGCAGUCCGUCGCGAUCCAGUAGGCCGUCACGAUCGGGUAGUGAUACGUGUUGGAUUAAAGGAAGAUAUAAACCAUCCAAUGAUUAUGCCAUAGAUAUAAGAAUUUCAGCGGAUCACUGCUCCGGAAGCGCUCUCUCUUGACCUAUCCGGGACUUGCCGUUCUUUCGUGUUCCCUUCUCCUACACAAACGAGCUUCUUCGAAUUAUUCUCAUCGGGCCAACGCUACCAAAAACAUCAAGCUAAAGAGUAGAGACGUGGAAGACAAGGUGAGGAAAUCCAGGCCACGACGAGCAACUGAAAAACAAAAGAAAAUGAAGUGUCCCGCAGACAUCGCUAUUAAAGAGCUUCACCCUCAGAAGCACAAACCCCUCCAUGUUAAACAGGAGGAGUUGGAGAUGCCGUGCAUUAAACAGGAGGAGGAGCCAGAGACCCCCAAUAUUAAAGAAGAAGAACAGGAAGAGGAAAUCACUCAGUGUCCAAUGACUGUCAGUGUAAAGAGUGAAGAAGACGAAGGUCCAAGCAAAGAGAGUGGGGAAGCAAAACCUGCGAGCAACAGCUCAUUUCAACACCUGACAACAAAAGGAGAGGGACCGUGGCAACCUGACGACAUCACAGUGGAAGAUCUUCACCCAGAGAAGCACGAUCCUCCCCACAUUAAAAAGGAGUCGGAGAUGCCGUACAUCAAACAGGAGGCGGAGCCAGAGACCUCCAGCAUUAAAGAAGAAGAGCGGGAAGAUGAAAUCCCCAAGUUUUCAACGACUGUUAGUGUGAAGAGUGACAAAGAUGAAGGUCCAAGCAAAGAGAGCAGAGAAGCGAAACUAGCAAGCAGUAACUUGUUUCAACCCCUGACAACAAAAGGUGAGGGACGAUCGCGACCGGACGGCAGUUUGGCACCACUGUUGGACAGCGACGAUGUAACGUCACACUCUUCUGAUUUUAACACUGAUGAGGAGGAUAAAGACUUUGACCAAAAUGCUUCAAAACCCCUAAACAAGUCAUCACUGAAAAGACAUACACAAGAAUGUGUGGGUGGAAAACCUUGUUCCUGCUCACAUUGUGAUAAAACAUUCACUACCAAGGAAUAUUUUAUCAUAAAGAAGCGUAAACACACUGGAGGAAAGACUUUUCUCUGCACACUUUGUGGUAAAAGCUUCACCAAGAGGAGAGGUUUAAAUUUACACAAAAGAACACACACUGGAGAGAAGCCUUUCGUCUGCUCUCUCUGCGAUAAAAGAUUUUUUAGGAACCGGUCGUUAACACAACACGCGAGGACACACACUGGAGAGAAGCCUUUCGUCUGCUCUCUUUGCAAUAAAAGAUUCUUUAAAAGGGAUAACUUAAACAGACACAUGAAGACACACACAGGGGAAAAGCCUUUUGUCUGCUUAUUAUGUGCUAAAACAUUCGCCCAGAAGGCACAUUUAAAUCUACACACGAGGACACACACUGGAGAGAAGCCUUUCGUCUGCUCUCUUUGCAAUAAAAGAUUUAGUAGGAAGCAAGUUUUAACAAGACACACGAGAACACACACUGGAGAGAAGCCUUUUGUCUGCUCUCUCUGCGAUAAAAGAUAUUUUACGAAGCGAGAGUUAACAAAACACGCGCUUACACACCAGGUAAAAGGUUCCCCUGGAAGUGAGACAAACUUAAGCAAGAAAACACACCAGGGAGAAAACUUUCACUCGGACAGUCUAAUGUAAAAACCUUCUCUUAAAGGGGAUUGUAACAUUCGUGUCUGCUGCUCUGGUAAUCAGCUGGCGAAUGAGUUUAGCAGGGGUCCCCAAACUUUUUUGCACCACGGACUGGUGUGAUUUGGGUCUUUUUUUCACGGACCGUUUUUUUUUUUGGGACAAAUUUUGCAACCCACAAAAAACUGCAACUAUGCAGUUCUGCGCAUGCGCGUAACAUUAAAAUGGCCGCGCUGGGGGUGCGACUUAUACUCAGGAGCGACUUAUGUUCGGAAUUAUUAACACAUUAUGGUAUAAUUUCACAUGUUAUUUUGGUGUUUUGCAUUGACACUGAUGGUUUUGUAAAGUUGUUGGCAUGUUCUCAUGCUAUAGUUAUCUGAAUAACUCUUUAUAGCUAUGGCCACGUUCGCGUUCUGCCUUUGGCAGUGUAUGUUCAAUUGUAUUAUUGACUUUUUUAUCUUGAAAUGGAUGCAUUUAGUUUGUGGCGCUUUCACGCCCACGUGAGGGCGCACUCGCACUUGUUUAAGUGAAGAAGAGUGCUCACACGCCAGAAGAAGACGGACAGCUACGUAGCUCUGAGUGAGUAAGUGAGUGAGUGGGCGAGUUAACGAGAGAGAAUAGACAGCUUCGAACCUAUUUUCAUUGUUUUUGGUUUUAAAUCAUCUCUACAGAGGCAACGCCUGCGUGUAUCAUCUUUUCUGUUGUUGUUGUGUGUUUUCCACCCGCGAUCGGACACUUAGAGCCAGUUGUGUGGUUGUUUGAACGAUGUGCUAAUGAUAGCGAACGCAUGCUAACCUGUUACUUAUUACUAAUAGUACCUAAUUAUCAUUUAUUUACGUUGAUGCGAACCUGUUUUCUAUCGAGGACCAAAUUGAUUCAGCAAAUUAUACGGACGUCCAGCAUUGUCUUUUGGGAGUUCACUGUAUAGCCAGGACCGAUCUGUAACGACAUUAUAUUCACAUUUCGUUGUUCAUACACUGUACAUUUAUUUAGCAUGUUGUUCUCUAUUGUAUUUUUAUAUUAGAUUGCCUUUCAAGAUGACAUGUCUGUUCUAUGUGUUGGAUUUUAUCAAGUAAAUUUCCCCCAAAAAUUCGA